UUCGUAUCACGUAUACGGUGUGAGUUUAACAACAAUUAUUAUUCAACUUUUGUACCCUUUAAACUUGCAACUAUAAGAAAAGUUACUUUUCUCCCGUUGAAUUAAACGUGUAUUUUACAAUAUUGUAAUUCGUAUUGUUUCAAUUUACUAUUGUUGUAUUCACCGUAAUAAUGGCGUUUAAUCUAACAGUGAAAAUACACCCGGUCGUGUUGUUCCAAAUUGUCGACGCUUACGAACGAAGGAACAUCGACGCACACAGAGUCAUUGGAACCUUAAUGGGCACGGUCGACAAAGGAGUGGUCGAGGUGACCAACUCGUUCGGCGUCCCGCACAAAGAAUACGAAGACACGGUGGAAGCCGACAUUGUGUAUGCUGCCGAUAUGUUCAAAAUGAAUCAAAAAGUCAACAGGUCCGAACAAAUUGUCGGAUGGUGGGCUACCGGCAACGAGGUGACCACACACUCGCAUACCAUUCACGAGUACUACUUGAUGGAAUGCAACAAUCCUCUACACAUCACUCUGGACACGACGUUAAAAAAUGAAAACAUGGGAUUGAAAGCAUACGUCAGUACACAAAUCGGCGUGCCCGGCGGCAAAACCGGAAAUAUGUUCAUCAAUGUUCCCAUUGAAGUCACUUCCUAUCAACCCGAAAUAGUCGGACUGAGUUUGUGUCAGAAAACCGUAGCCGUCGGUCAAAAAUGCCAAGAGCCAAUUGCCGAACUGGUACAAAUCGAAGAAGCGUCGUCGAAAAUAUCCGACCUUUUAAGCGUAGUUCUAGCGUAUGUUGACAAAGUGUUGGCGUCCAACGAUUGUAACGUAGCUGAUAAAAGCUACAUCGGACGCGUGUUGCUCGACCUUAUGCAUAGCGUUCCACAUGUUUCGCCCGAACGUUUUGAAGAAAUGUUCAACUCUAAUGUCAAGGAUUUAUUGAUGGUUAUUACAUUGUCUCAACUUACGAAAACUCAAUUGGAACUCAAUGAAAAACUUACGUUACUCAGUUUGUCUUAAGCAUACCCCCCCGAUAAUAAUAAUAUCGACGGCGAUAUAUUAUUUAUUGUAUAAAUAUUAUUCUUAAUAAGUCUAGCCCGAUUUGUUACACAAAUAUCAUCCCAAUAGAAUAGUAUUGUACAAUACCGAAAUAUCCAAUAAAUAUUAUAACAUUAUAAUAAAACAGUUAUUCUUAAAUAAUAUAACCAAUUUAUUAAAGCGA